AUUGAUGAGGCCUCCCGUCCCAACGGCGGCGGCUUCCCUUCGUUUAUCCAUCACUCUGAAUAUUCUUAGUUAUUUUAAUUAUUUUUAUUGCUUCUUUAUUGCUUAUACUGUAUUUUAUUGUAUUACAAUUUGAAUUCUAUAGAAUUGCUGUUACAACAACAGGCAGAAAAAUCGUUUAGCAGUCCACCAAGAUCCUCAGCAAUUUUUGUGGACUGUGAGGGAAGAAGUUUGGGAAUUACUGAUCAAAAAAUUCCCCCGCUGCAUGGUAAAUAUUACAAAGAGAAGGCAGACAAGUUUUUCUCUUGCGUUCCUUUCAGAGAUGCAUCGUGAUUCGUGUCCGCUGGACUGCAAGGUUUAUGUAGGUAACCUUGGGAACGAUGGCAACAAAACUGAAUUGGAACGAGCAUUUGGAUACUAUGGACCACUGCGUAGUGUGUGGGUUGCUAGGAAUCCCCCUGGUUUUGCUUUCGUUGAAUUUGAAGACCCACGUGAUGCUGCUGAUGCUGUCAGAGAACUAGAUGGGAGAACACUGUGUGGGUGUCGUGUCAGGGUGGAACUAUCCAAUGGUGAAAAACGUAGCCGGAACCGUGGUCCACCUCCCUCAUGGGGUAGGCGUCCCCGAGAUGACUAUCGCAGGAGAAGUCCUCUGCCUCGCCGCAGAUCUCCUCGAAGGAGAAGCCGCAGCAGGUCCCUUUCUAGAGAGAGAAGGCGAGAGAGAUCACUGUCAAGGGAGAGAAAUCAUAAGCCUUCCCGUUCAUUUUCCAGCUCUCGUAGCCGCUCCAGGUCAAAUGACAGGAAAUAGAACUUCAGGAAGAGCAAUGUACAGGAAGCUGUCUACAUGAACAAGAAAUUUGCUCAAAUCAUACACGUUAUUUUGCAUUUGUUACAUACAAGUCAAGUCAUUUGUCUUUUAUCCAGAAAGGGCACAAAAUGGACAUGAACCACCACAGAGUUUGAUCAUUUAUAAUAAAAAGGAUGUACAAAAACA